AUGGAGAUGGAUCCACCACCCAAAAUGCUUGACUCUCUCACCAUGACCAUACUGAUGAUGAUGAUGACCACCUCCGUUGCACUUGCGUCGGAUGCAGCGGUGCUCGAAGAACAAGCUAGAGCACUCCUCGUCUGGAAAGCAAGCCUCGACAACCAAAGCCAGCAGGCCCUGCGCUCCUGGGGAAACACGUCGACACCUUGCAACUGGCGCGGCAUCAGUUGUGAUAUCGGUGUGCAUCGACGACAACAUUGGCCGGUGAUCAGCGACAUCUCUCUACGGGGUAUGCAGCUGAGAGGAGCUCUGGAGUCCCUCAACUUCUCGGCCUUGAGGACCUUGGCACGCCUCGACCUCUCAAACAACCUCCUCGCUGGGAGCAUUCCUCCUAGUAUCGAGGUCCUUGGCGAGCUGCAUGCUCUCCUUCUGCAAGGCAACCAGAUAAGAGGCUCAAUCCCACUAGGUCUAGGAAAUCUCACAAAAUUGCAUUCCUUAAUGCUUCACGAAAAUGAACUCUCCGGUGAAAUACCAAGCCAGAUAGGCAACAUGAGUAGUCUUGUCACCCUCAACUUGUCAAUCAAUCACUUGGUUGGUCAUAUCCCUUGUGAAAUAGGACACAUGAAGCACUUAGUUGCAUUAGAUUUGUCCAGUAAUAAUCUUUUCGGCAAAAUACCAAGCAACAUAGGUGGUUUGACCGAACUCACUACAUUGUACCUUUACUAUAACAAACUUUCUGGACAAAUUCCACGAGAACUAGGUUAUCUUCUAAACUUAAAGGACCUGCAACUUGGCAUCAACACACUCUCAGGUUCCAUUCCACAAAAUUUACUUAAUUUGACCAAUCUCGCUGUGUUAAUUCUACGGCGAAACAAACUUUCUGGGUUAAUUCCACAAAAAAUAGAUUACCUUUCGAACUUACAGUACCUGAGUCUUGGUGAAAACACACUCUCAGGUUCCAUUCCACAAAAUUUACUUAAUUUGACCAAGCUCACUGUGUUAAUUCUACGGCAAAACAAACUUUCUGGGUUAAUUCCACAAAAAAUAGAUUACCUUUCGAACUUACAAUACCUGAGUCUUAGUGAAAACAUACUCUCGGGUUCCACCCCAAAUAGUAUAAGAAAUUUGACCAAACUCAUAACCUUGUCCCUUGACAACAACCAACUUUCUGGGUUAAUUCCACAAGAAAUAGAGUACCUUGCGAACUUAGAGUACCUGGAUCUUAGUGGAAACAUAUUCUCGGGUUCCAUCCCAAAUAGCAUAGGAAAUUUAACCAAACUCACAAUCUUGUACCUUUACAACAACCAACUUUCUGGACACAUCCCUCAAGAACUAGGUUAUCUUGAGAACUUAGAGAAUUUGUCGCUUGAUAACAACACGCUAACUGGUUCCAUCCCAAAUAGCAUAGGAAAUUUGACAAAACGCACUAUCUUAAAUCUUUUCAUGAACCAAAUUUCUGGACACAUCCCUCGAGAACUAGGUCGCCUUGUGAACUUAUGGGAUUUGGAUCUUGUCCACAACACGCUAACUGGUUCCAUCCCAAAUAGCAUAGGAAAUUUGACAAAACUCGUUAUCUUAAAUCUUUUCAUGAACCAAAUUUCUGGACACAUCCCUCGAGAACUAGGUCGCCUUGUGAACUUAUGGGAUUUGGAUCUUGUCCACAACACACUAACUGGUUCCAUCCCAAAUAGCAUAGGAAAUUUGACCAAACUCACAAAUUUGUACCUUGAUAAUAACCAACUUUCUAGCCAAAUUCCACGAGAACUAGGUUAUUUAGCCAACUUAGACUACUUGGGGCUUAGCUACAACACACUGACAGGCUCCAUCCCGAACAACCUAGGCAAUCUCACAAAAAUCACUACCCUGUAUAUUGACAAUAACCAACUUUCUGGCCACAUUCCUCGAGAAUUAGGUUAUUUGGCCAACUUAGAGUGGUUGUCUCUUAGAAAUAAUUCACUAACAGGUCCUAUCCCAAAUAACCUUGGCAACCUUACAAAACUCAAUACCUUGGACUUUGGCCAGAACCAACUUUCCGGGCCAAUUCCAUGA